AUGGGCGCCAACUUCAACGAUUGCGGCUUCGCGCCCGAGGUGAAGAUCUUCGCCGCGUCUGGCUACAACUUUUCCGCUCACUCCUGGAUCGCGAGCAAGGGCAUCUCGACCGAGGCCGUCGGGCAUCUCGACUCCGCCAGCGAUUGCCAGGCCCUCUGCCUCGGCGCUGGGGCCGCCUACUUCGCCUACGAGCCUGGCCAGCUCUGCGUCUGCAAGGAUGGAUAUUCGGAUGCGAAUUGCAUUCUCUACGGACUGAAUGCUGGCGCCCCAGACAUCACGUCGGGCCCGACGCAGUGCCCUGGAUGCAUCAUGGACGGGUACGACGCUGGUGGCUCGGCGAACGUCUGUGGUUACGCAGUCGAGGUGAAAAUCGUUGCCACGACAGGCUACGACUUCAGCGAGCCGUCCUGGAUCGCGACAAAGGGCAUCCCGACAGCGCACACGGACCACCUGAGGACGCCGUACGAUUGCAGAAUGCUCUGCAUGGCAGAGACCGGCUGCGCCUUCUUUGCUUUCGAUGCGCUGAAGCAGCCGGGCAUGGGCUUCUGCGUCCUUAAGCAGGCUUAUAGUCAUCCGUCUUGUGAGCCACAGUAUGGGGAGGAUGACGACAUCGCUUCGGGGCCGGUCCUUUGCAAAAGCACAGUCGCAUGCGGGAUGCUCAAUGACGCCUGCUGCGACUAG